UGGCCGUGGUUAAUUUGAAUUUUGUUUCUAAGGAUACCAAUAUUAUUAUGACAAUACAUUUUUUAUUAUUUUAGAUUUUGAAAAUUGAUAUUGAAAAUAUGGCUGAAAGGGAAUCCGUAGAAGCAAGCGAUGCUAUAUCUGUUGAAGGUACAGAUCUCACUAAAGGAAAUGAAACUGAAGAAAUGGAAAUAUUUAAAGAACAAAGUUAUGAAUCAAUCCCAGCUCUUCAUUCUUAUCAAAUCAAACCUUCCCUCCUCGAAAGAUUCAAAGCUACACCAGUGAAAGAAAUAAUUCGAACUGUACAAGCUGAAGUUUUAACUGGCAAGUCAUACUCGGCAGAUAACGCAAAGAAGUGGAGUAUAAAAAUUGUUAAUGAAGUGAAUAAAAGAUGCAGAGAAAUGAAAAUGCGACGAUAUAAACACAUUGCUCAAGUUAUUCUGGGAGAAUUGAAAGGAGCUGGAGUGAAGUCUGUUGUUAGGUGCGUUUGGGACUCUGAAACUGAUGGGUAUACAAGUGAUAUUUUCAUGAACGAUACCAUUGUCUGUGUGACAACUGUUUUUGCAUCUUAUUUUUACUGAUUGUCAUAUCUGAUAUUGAAAUAACAAUUCCAUUUCUAAAAAUUCUCAUAGCAGUGCACUCCUUAAAAUUGGUUCAAUUCCAUUAGAUUAUAAACUUAUUUCAAAUCCAACAGUGUCUUGAAUAUUUGCAAAAGUUAUUUCGUAACAAAACUGGCAAUGACUUACGCUACUUCAAUAAUUCAUGGAAAGAGCCUUAAAGCUGUAUAUUUCUUAACAAAUAUUAAAAUAAGCAUUUAUAAUUUGAAUAUUCAAGUUAUAUUGAAUCUCCAAAUCUUAUUGGAUAUUUAUGAUUAGACAUUCAUACAAUAUUUUGUAUGUGAAAUUUUGUAGAUAUAAUUUUUAUCUUGUUACUUAGUUAUAAGUAAAAUAAAUUCGUGUUCUACUUGGAGCUAGACAGAAAUAGUGUUUGGCUUUCAAAUUGGAUUAAGGUUAGAAAAACAAUGAUUUGUAAGCAUAUACUUUAUUAACGAUUGGAUAUCGAGUAAAUGAUCCACAUCACUUCAAUGAUUGAGCAUAUCAAAAAAUGCAAAGUAUAACAAAUCUUAGUGAUUACAAUAAACAAUUGGAAUGUUCCAUUAUAUCACCUAUGUCUUAUAUUUGACAUAAAGAAGCACAAGAAUAGCAAAAGCCAGUAAUAAGUACAUACAACAUAGUAAAAUGAGUAACAUAAUAGAAACAGAGAUCAUUGUGCUUGGAAAACAAUUAAAUUGUUUGUUACUCCAGAAGUCAAGUCUUAUUUGUUGGAAGUUUAAGUUCAAAAACUUUUUUAGUAUAAAGUUCAGAAAAUCAGAUAUAUAAACAUUGUUUUUCUUCGUAUAAAUUCAAUUUUUCGUAAAUACCACAGAAAAUAAAAUACAAAAAUUCGAUCUGUAGAAACUCUAUUAGAAACCUAGAACAAGGCACUUUAGGAACAUGACAAAAAGACCAAUUCCUUGUUUUACUUAAUGAAUAGAUUAAUAAGUACAUCUGAAAAAUAUUUAUUUAAGCACACUGAUUUCAUUUUAAUAGAAAUUUCGAUAAAUGUAUCAAUGCACAGUCGAAAUAUUGCACUGCAGCUGAAACUGUGUUUUUGGAUCUCCACCCUAAUAUGGCACAUAGGAAUUGUAAAACACCUUUUCAUAAACAUUUCAGAAUUAUAAA